GCCGGCCGUGAAGUGAGCCGUCGCCUAUAUAUACCCUGUAGAACCGAAUGUGUGUGGAGAUGCCUCAGUCACAGAUUGGGUUCUAGGGGAGUCUAUGGGCGAUGACUAACCAUCCAUCAACAUCCACGGACUGGGAGGAAGAACCCAGCACUGUUUACAUUUACACUGCCUCUGCUUUGCCAUGAGAAGCAGCACCUUUGUGUUCAGUUCUCCCUUUUUUAAAUCCUUCAUUUCAAAUCCGUACCUGACUGACAUUUGUGCAAUGCUGUGCAGGAAAAAACUCCAAUCUGUGAUUGCCCAAACGGAUCAUUGCACACACUGAGAUACACAAUGUGAUUACACCACUGGAUUCAAUUCCCCAGCAGCACUUAAGUCGGCUCAGAUAAGUCUGGAUAAAGAAAUCUGCAUCUGCAUCACGAGGAUACACAACAACAAUGCACUAAUCUGCAUGGGUGUGCAUGUAAACUUACAGAUUGAUUUGAUGCCCCAAUUAAAUCACUGCUGCAGCAUUCAGAUCAUCAACGUGGCUCCAAUUCUUUUUACAAAAUAGAAAAACAUGGAACAAAAUAUUAAUUAAACCUUUAAAAACAAUAUCAGACAUAUUUACUGAGUCUCCUCCUGUGAAUGAAUAGAAAUGCUGCUUUUUUCGUAUAAAAUAAUUAAAAAUUGUCUUUAGCUAAAUGGUGUUACCCCCAGUGUCCAUGAGACAAACAUAAAAGUCAUUUCAUCUGACGAGAAAGUGGAAUUAAGCCACUUCAUUACCUAUACGGUGUCUUAUGAGUGGCUUUUCAGCCAUUCAUUGUAAAAUAGUCUGAACAAACGACUCAUAAAUCCUGACACAUUAAACUCAAAUAAUCUCCAGUUCACUUGAACUCUGUCAGCCAUGAUACAAUUAAAUACACACUUUAAUAUCCCGGCCAAGCUAAAGCAUUUCCCCCCCUCUCCUCUUUAUUAGAGUAUCAUUACAGGCUGUGUAAAGCAGAGGUAAUGGCAGGUCUGCAUCACGGGAGUUAUUAAGAGGUUUUGGCUCCAGCAUCAGAGCUUCAGGAUCCUCAGAGAGCAGCUGCAGAAAAGCCUCAUGAAAUCCUGAUGGAUGUUGCUCAGGAUUUAUGGCGUAUUCCUCAGUGCAAAGAUGAUUUCUUUUCAAAUAUAUGGCAUUUGGUGAUUUAGUGUUUUUGGACAGAAGGGAGCUCAUCUUUGGUAUAUUCAGGCGUGCAGAGCGCACAGAGGAGCCACCAGCAUCCUCAGAUGGGAUUUUAUCUUCGUGUGGGGGCUUUCGAUUUAGCAUAUUCCCACUUAUCUCUUUCACUUUUUUUCGAUUUUGCAUCAGGCAUAAUUUGCCUUCAUUAGUUUAAAAGCCCUGACGCAUUUUUCUCUCCUCCAGCUUUGCUCCAGCAUCAUUUUUUAAGCCAAGCAGCAGCCUUUAGAGGCAGAGAUGGUGGUGGUGAAGGGGACACCUCGGGCUGACCCCAGCCUAACAAAGCCAACUACUAGUCACUGUCUGGGAACCUUUUAUCCCAUUCUUUUUAUUGGAGGCCUCUUUGGCCGGCCACGUUUUGUUGUGCGCCCUUUUGACUCGCCACAAGGCCAAAUAUGGCCCCCGCAGGUCCCUCAAUAUGGGCGAGAUUAAUUUCUCAGCCUCGGCCAUCUGUGGGGGUAAGAGUCAGUCAGCUGAAAGUCAUAAAUCUACAGUCCGUGCAUUUUCAAUAGGUGUGUGAGGGGGGAUGGAGGGAUGGACGGAGGGGGUUGGGGAGUGUGCAGCCAAAGCGUCAUGAUGAGAUAAAGUCCGCAGUCUGCAGGAUCCUUCACGAUAUUCUUCAAAGUCCACAAACAUCUAUUCUUAACCAUCUUCCACCCACCAGGGCGAAUGUUCAUUAGUCCCAUAAUGAACAUUUUUCUGCCUUCAAAUUAUCCCAUUACGUCCGACAUAAACAACCCGGAGUGCCGCCUCCCAUUGGCUGGCCGCAGGGUCACGUGGCCCGCGCGGCCGUCCGUCUAUUUGACAGCCGCAGGAUGGCUCCGUGCCAGAGGGGGAAAAGGAGACAGAGAGAGGGGCGAGAAAGAAAAAUUAGUAUUCUCCUUCCAGCCUCGCUAUAAAUCAAUCAUGGAGUCCUACGUGGUGAGCUGUAAAUAUGCUGAGCCGCAGUUCCCGCCUUGUGAAGAAGAUUACAGUAAUUUUAGUGACCAGGGGGGGUAUUACAACAACCCCCAGGACAGUGGUAGUUAUGGAGGGGGCUUCCAGCAACCCAUGCAACCCCCUCCGCCUCCAUACACACCACAACAAACCGGCUAUCCUCACUCUGUGCAGGGGCAUCAGCGGGAGGAUGGAGAGGACCACUUGCAGAACCAAAGUGCGCCCUUCCCCGGCUACAGAGGCACAGGCGCCCCCGCUAAGGAAAGGUUCCCCGCGGGUGACCUGCAGUGCCAGGCCUGGAUGACGUGCGCAAAGACCGUUCAGGUGCAGAGGAAAACGGCCUGCCAGGGCAAGGACAAGCCGCCCAUCGUUGUGUACCCCUGGAUGAAGAAAGUGCACAUCGCUCAUGUAAAUCCGAACCACGUGGGACCGGAACCAAAGCGGCUGCGCACGGCCUACACGCGGCAGCAGGUCCUGGAGCUGGAGAAGGAGUUCCACUUCAGCCGCUACCUGACGCGCCGCCGCCGCGUCGAGGUGGCCCACACCCUGUGCCUGUCCGAGCGCCAGGUGAAGGUGUGGUUCCAGAACCGACGCAUGCGCUGGAAGAAGGACAACAAGCUGCCCAACACCAAGGGAAGGAGCAAAAACAAGAGGGCGACGGACAACAACAACAACAACAGCAGCAGCAGCAGCGACAACAGCGACAGCGGCAGCAACGUGAAGGCGGUGAUCACCGUGUGAUGCCGGUGGUCCAAGCGCCGUUUGUGCGUCACGAGCAUCCACGUCCGCACCUUCAUUAUCCAACAUUGCUAAAGUGAUCCAGGGUAUAACUGCGGUCCUGAAACAAUCCUUAGCUGCUUUAAAAUGAUCCACCAAUUGACCAGCAAAUGGCUUUAUCGAUUUUCUGAAUGCCUAAUUUUUGAUUGUGUUCAAAUCUUUCUGUUGUACAGAUAUUUCAGUUUUACUCUGAUAUUUAAUUCACAAACGAAAAGCUUUGAAUUUUGCUUUUUAAGGCUGCAAUUACUCACAAGUUAUUCAACCGAUUAUUUUCUCAUGUUAAUCGAUUAAUCCUUUAGUCUGUGAAAUGUCAGAAAACGGUUGAGUCCUUGACCUCCACCCAACAGUCCAAACCUCAGAUAUCCACUUUAAUGUGAUAUUUUCUAUAAUAUCUUCAUAUUUAAGAGCCUACAUUUAUUUUUGUCCAUUUAGCAUAAAAACAACUGAAUUAUUUUUUUUCUGCACAUGUACUAAUUGAUUAUUCGGCUAAUAUUUGCAGCUCUAUACACUUAAGCUGUAUAGGGUCUAAUAUUUCUGGUGCAAUUAGAGAAUUGUUUCAAGUUAAGACACAAAGGCACAGGAGCGCGGAGCCUGUAUAAUUGGCUGCAGUUCUCCCUGUAUCUGCGGUGAACGAGGGUAGAUUGCGUCUUUUGGAGUAAACAGGGUUUUAUUUCUACAGGGUAAAUACGAUACAGGGUUUGAGAAUAGCUAUCUAAAGCGAUUAAAUGAAUAUGCACAUUACCAAAAUGUUAUUUCCACAGACUGGGGCUUAGAGGGGAAAACAAUUAACACCAACACCAAAUCACUGACCUGCAGAAUGGUUGGACUAAUAAUGUUUCAGUUUUUUAUUUUAGGAAUAUCAGAAGACAAUGCAUAUUUAGUAGAAUAAAUAGCCAUAUUCAGAUAUUCUUAUUCCAUAAGGUGAAUAAAGUCGUCAUUCAUUUAGGAGAAGUUGCAUUUUUACGCACGAGGAAAUACACAAACAAAGACUUAAGAAGCAGCCAAAUUGGAUGUUAAGGUUUUUAAAUGUACGACACUGACUGUAAGUCCAACUCAUGUUCUCAGGGUUACAGGGUUUUAACGAAAAUAACUUUCUGCAAGGUUUGUAGUUGGAUCCAUCAUCGAGAGGUUUGAAAUGAUCCUCUCUGCAAAAAGCUAAGUGUUGCAUUUUCAAAGAUGCUCCAGUUGAAUAUGCUAUUGAAAUGUAUUUUAGCCUACGUUAGAAGCAUAUUUU